UCGCCUCGUAUGGACCCUCCCUCGACCCUCAGCUCGCGCGCGAGCAGUUUGAGGUGGUAAACAUGAUGAUAUCCUCGCGGCGGUGCAUCCGCGAGCGCGAGAAGCUUGGGCUCGAGGGACGCGCGGCGGCGUCCGAACGGACGGCGGCGUCCGCGUCGUGGACCAACGCGGACGACGUGUUUUCCAAGUCGGUGCGUUCGCUGCGCGGCGCCGGCGGCCCGACGACGCUCGUCGUCGCGCCGCGGCUCGAGGACGCGCUGAGGGCGAUCGAGCGCGCGAUCGAGAAGUCUACCACGUCGGCGUCGAGUAGCCACGUGGCGAACGGCGAUUGGUGCGAGAUUGAGCUCGAGGGCCUCGUCGCGAACGCGCGCGACUCGUUGCGGCGAUUCGAACGCGACGCGCGCGGGCUCGUGACGCAGCGGACGUUCAACCCGGCGUUCAUCGUCGCGGAUAUCGCGCGCGGGGAGUGGGACGUCGCCGUCGGCGUCGUCCGCGGCUUCGUCGCGCGGUUGCACGACGCGUACGUCAAAGCCGUCGACGCCGUGUGUUCGCACGAGGAGACUACGAACGCCCCCGCCGAAGCCGCUUCGAUUCGCGACGAGAACGUUUGCUCGCGGUUUCGCGACGCGAAGGCUGCCAUCGCGGACGUUUCGAGGCGCGCGACGCGGCUGCGCGUGAGGCACGGCGCCGAAGAAGCGAUCGACCUCGCGCACGGGACGUUGGACGUGCUGUGUAACGCGCGAAUCGACGCGAACGACGCGACGGGCGCGGCGAAGUACGCGCUCUUACUGUUGAGGGACGUCUUGGAACGCGGCGUUUGAUUUCCAUAACCUCGCGCCGCACGACCCCGCGUGCGAGUGCCCUCGGAAGUUCCUCGCGCUGUCGAGCGACGACGAGAGCGCCGACGUCGGCGUCGGCGUCGCGCGCGGCGGCGGGCGCGACGGAUCGAGUUACGAAUGGGAUAUGAAACGGCACGGCGCCGGCGCGCUCGGCGGCGCGCGCGCGAUCGCGGUGAUGGUUUUUUUUAUGCUCGCCGCGGUGCGAGUGCUCGCGUGGAAGGCGUGGACGGCGGC